AUGACAGCUAGCAUGACAGUUGGUGAUUGGAUCACCAUCCAGCUUGUAGAGACCUUCGUGCCAUGCUUUUUGGACGAUAUCGGCACAUCAUGGAUCUUGAAGCCACAUGGCUUUAAAACAGAAGAGAGGUCGGGAUCGUGGUUGUCUAGGUCUGGAGGGCUGUAUUCGGAUGUGUGCGUGAUUUGCUGCGGAAAAGUAGGUGGGUCUGUAUCGGGGUGGGCUGUGGUGUGUUUUGGAAUAUCGGGUUCGGUCUCGGAUGUGGGUGGUGCAGGUAUUGGGACAGUAGGAGUUAUCGGAGUAGUGGGUUUUGUUGCUGCUGCAAUUCCAUCAAUGACUGUUAAAUCUCUCAAUUCGCUCCUGAAUGGUCUCUGUGACUGUGGAGAAUUUCGCAAACUGAGAGAAAUGUUUCUGGGUUUUCAUAAAUAUGGAACCCCAGAUGCUUGUACGUAUAAUAUAUUGAUUAAGGCUCGUUGUAGGAGUGGGAGGUUGGAGGAUGCGUGGUUGGAAGAAGCUUUUAAGUUGAAAAAUGAUAUGAUGAGAGUUUAUGGUGUUAUGCCUAAUGCGUUUGUUUAUACCUCAUUGAUUAAAGGGGUUUGUGGGAUUGGUGAAUUGAGUUUGGCUUUUAAGCUUAAGGAGGAGAUGGUGAGAAACAAGUUGAAAUUGAACUCAACAGUGUAUUCUACUUUGAUUAGCGUGCUUUUUGAGGUUGGGAGGAAAGAAGAGGUUUUGGGGCUUUUGGAGGAAAUGAAAGGCUUUGGGUGCAUGCCUGAUACGGUGACUUAUAAUGCGAUGAUUAGUGGGUUUUGUAAGGAGAGGAAUUCUGAAGCAGCAUUUAGAAUUUUGGAUGAGAUGGUAGAGAAGGGUUUUGUAAGGGGCGAUUGCAAACACAUCUGUUUUUUAUUUAGUUAA